GUUCCAUUAAGUAUCACUGGGAUAAGAGGUGAACCAACUGUUCUUGAAGGCAACAACUUGCAGUUAACCUGUGAAGCAUUGAGUCGACUAAAACCAAACAUCACCUGGACAAAAAAGAAGCCUGGGAACCAAGGAUGUACUGGUGUGGUGCAAGAAGGAAAGGUGCUGACUGUAACAAAUAUCAAGAGGACUGAUGCAGGACAAUUUACUUGUACAGCAUACAAUGGCUUUGGUAAACCAGAGAACCGAACAGUUUAUGUGAAUGUUACUUGUGAGUAUGAAUUUAAAAAAAUUGACUAUGUUAAAAGGAGAUGUACUUCCCAUACAUUUAACUGUAUUGUAAUGUACCGUGCUGGCAAUUACUUGAAUUGAUGUUCGGUUAGGUACAUCCAUGCAGGGCUCCAAGCUCAAUUUUUCAAAAAAAUGGCCUUUUCACGACCUCCAAUUGUAAAAUGGUUGCUAUGAAACAAACUAACAGAAAAAACUCACAUCGAGGAGUCAACUAUUUCGUGUUGCACUACGUUGCAACAUUUCAUUUCUGAUAACAGAACAACGUAUGCAUUUAAAUGGAAAGUUUUAGAUUAAUAUGGUAAAGUUGAUGAUUAAGUGUAGAUUUCACCCAUUGAAUGUGGAUAGCCUCUUUGAGUUCAAGUUGAAAAGUUGUGGAAGCCCAAUCUAAGAUGUUAAAACACUAAUCAGACAAAGAGUGUGACAACUUGUGCAGAAUUAUGUAGAUGUCUGAAAAUGUGAGACAUCCUAUCACUGAUUUGUUUUGUCCAAUCAGUUUUGUUACACACUUUAAAUCCAACUUUGUACUUUGUAUUAUUCAGCACUAAAGAUUACAGAAGAACUGUCGAGACAUGUUUUUAAGACGUGUCAUUCAUUUUCUUAAAUUCGUUACAUAUCUGCUUCUAUCUAGACAAUUAGAAAUACCAUCCAAAACGUUUGGAAUAAAAACGCUGAUGAAAACAUAUUUAUGUUUUCAUUGCUUGGAAAAUGUAAGUAGUCAGCUAUUGUAUAGAGCUCUUUCCAGAGUUGUAUCCAUGGUAAGAAAGCGCUUCCUAUUUCAUUAUGAUAUCAUACUGUACGUUAUACAUAUGUUGGAUGUGUCAGACACAUUAACUAAAGGAUAAUUCAUUGAUAAUUCGUCCAAGGAUCAAUAAAUUUUUCACGUUUUUCCCUUUUAUGUUUUCAUAUGUUGGUUGCCAAUUAGCAAUUUUGGUUGAAAUUUUAGUCACCAUUGGGACCAAAAUUAUGUAACUUGAAGCACUGCCAUGUUGUGGGAGGUGUUCACUCUCCGCUGCAAAUGUUAACUCCUCUUAAAUUAAGAUUAGAUGUUGUGUUAGGAGACUCUAGUGCUCCACUAUCUGUGUCAGCAAAUAUGUUCAGUUGACACUGAUUUGAAAAUCUUUAACAAUCCAGUUCAACAUUUCAAAGUUUUGAGAUAUCACCUCAAUGGUUUUCUGAGCGUCUACCCGAAAAAGCUUUGUGUUUAAUUGUUGGACACUAUUAAACUUUCAUUACCAUACAGUUAUUUAUUUAACAUGCAUCUAUGAAUGGCAAGAGGAUCACCCAGUUAACAUUCAGCCGAUUUGGCAAUUUCACUGAAGCUACAAAACACAAACUAGGAGAACGUUUUGCAAACCCAUGUAAGUGAAUCCAACUAAGAAACAUCAAACUAGAAUUAAAGAAUAUCUUCUUGUAUAUAAGUGUACUGGUAUGGUUGGACCCCUUACAAUAGCUAUUGAAGACAAGUCACUCAGAAGUAUCCUUGUGUGGACGCUGUUUUUUAAAUCUGAUUUUUAAAUUGUCCAAUUUGAUGUACAGAUCCACCAAAGAUUGUUAAUUUUCAACCUGAGUAUUUUGUUGGUGUACAACAAAGUUUAACUCUUAACUGUGGAGCAGAUGGGAACCCUCCACCUACUUACACUUGGACUCCAUGUAAUUACCCAGAACAAGUUUGUGACAAAAAUGCUCUUGAUAUUUCACAAGUCCUCGAUGAUACCAGCUAUACCUGUAGAGUGGCCAGUGUAUUUGGAGAUGAUUCAAAAACUGCCAAUAUUUGUAAGUCACAUAUACAUUGUAGUAGUCAUUUAUCUAACAGCUGUAUCUUCAUACAUGUGCCAAAAUGACAUUUUGAUUGGGUUCUAAGAAUUGAACCAGUGAUUAGCCUGUCAGGUUAUAAAAGCCCAAACAGUGCCUUUACUUUGUGUUGAUGUAUAACUCUCUAAAACAUUGAUUAAUUUUAUUACUUGUAAAAUGCAAAGAAAGCGUUGCAGUAAUUCAACUUCAGGUAGCUUGUACAGGGGUGAGUAUCAAAAGUAGGGAAAAAACUAUAGUCAGGGUUUCUGACAGGAUACAGGAAAAAUUGUAAUUGAGUGGGAUGUUUUUUUUGGGAAAAUGGAGAUGAUGAUUUAGUUCUUUCAUUUUUAGUCAUUGUAAGCUGAAGCACUCAGGACCUAUACAUAUAUACUACAGUGUACAUCGAUUUUAUAAUGUUUUCAUUGAAGCAAGAUAAGUUAAAUGGCACCUUACUGCCUCUCUAUAUUUUCCUCAAAUUAAUGUCAUGCACUUGAAUUUGAAAGGAAAAGGCCAGUUUGAUAUGAGCAACUGACUUUUACCCUGCAUUGUUUUGCUUCAGUAUAAAAACAUUUUAAACAUUUUUGCCAGACUGUUUCCCUUGCUCAUGCUCAAAAGGACAACAGCAAAAUUUGUCAUUUGACAAGCAAUCAACACAAUCCAUUGAUGAAAAAUAUGGUGAGAAGUUGACCGGUGCCUAGAGUCAUCUAAGAAAUGGCAGAAUCCCCAGUUGUUCUUGUUACAAGCCACUUACUGAAAGCGACAGACAUCUCAAUCAUCUCUGAGGUUAAAUGACCUUAGAACGGUACCAAAGUUUUCAAAAAACCAUGGUUUUCAGACAUAGUACCUGUAUUAAUGAAAGAUUGUGUAAAUCUUUUAGUAAUGAUUCUUCUUGUACUUCACAGACAUUGGAGGAAAUGUGAUUAACAUAACUAUUGUCAUCACAAGUGAAACAUGUAUAGAUGGAAAAUACAAUCAACCCUUCUUACUGGAGAAAUUUAAAGAACUGGUAACUUAAUGCACAUACAACUUAGACAUUGCUGUCAAAGCUAAACAUUAUAAUCGUUUACAUUGGAGGUAUUUUUUUCUCACAAAUAAACUGUGAGCCUGUGUUGGACUUCACUAGAUCUGUCAAAUUGUUAAUUAUAGUUGUCACUGAGUGUUGGUUAUUUCAGGGUCAGAGACUGAUGUGCUGGCUGUAUAAUGAUUAAAAGGAAAUUUGGCUCAUGGAGAAUGUGUGGAGAAAAGUUCAUUUAAUUCUACAGUGUUUCUUGGAUUCCUAGAUUGUACGCAGUCUGUCAGAGUUCUGUCAAAUCUUGAAGUUUAGAGGCCUGCCACAAUCUUCUUAUUAUUCAGUGUUUGCUUAUGGUCUGUAUUUAUAGGGCAAUUAUAAAUAGGCCUGGUGCUUUCUUUUCAAAUUUAUAAAAUAAGAGGCAAGUGACAUAUAAAGAAGGACAAUUAUUUAUUGAAGUAGCACUUUAAAGAAACAACUGAUAAAUACUCAAGAGACUGACUCUCAGCUGACUUUUGGCUAAACAGCCAUGUUUAGCCAUUUGGUGUCAUCUUCAUUUGUUCUUAUGGGUAUGUGUGCAUGAUACAUGUACACUACACUAACAUUCUAAGACAAAUGAUUGAAAUGUUUGCAGCUCAAGGAGGCUUUUGCUGGUAAACCUGGCUACGAAGGAGUGCAGUUGAUAAGUGUGAGGUAUGCGAAUUAACGAGAUAUAGAAAUUUUAUUAUUUUCUCUUUUGUCAUCUGUUUUCCAUUUCAUGUCACUCUAACCCUCUGUCAAUGUCUGUCCUUAGGUGUGGAAGUAUUUUUGUUGACCUUGCACUAAAAUUCAACUUCACUACAAAGGAACAAGAUGUUAUCAUAACACUUAAUAACGCUGUGAAAGAUGGGAAGCUGGGAGAGUUCAGUGUUGGUGCCAUAAAAGAGAAAAAAACUGAUGUGGAACCAACAGGUGGAGGUGCCACAUCACCACUUGACAGGUCCUUUGGGGGUAAGUCCUCAUAACACUUCUUACAAAAGUUUUGCAAAUUGAUUUAUUAAUGUCCUUGCCCCUCUUAACUUGGCUGUUUGUGGUGUGAAAAAAAAUAGUUUUGAAAGAUACUGUAUUUAACUCCAAAUUGGUACUGUAGCAGAUUUAUACAGAGAUUCGAAAACUUGGUGUAUGGUAAUGACAACUAUGAUAACCACAACCAGCCCCAAUUUGAGCACUAAUAGGACAGUGUAUGUAUCAUGUGUGCGCACUUUUGUUGUACAUUUUGUCAAGUUAACUUUUGAUUUCAAUGCAAACAUGUAAGAAAUGGUGAGUUUGUUUCCCAAUAUCUUAGCUUUUUAUUUACCUAAAUUCACUUUUGUUCCGUAGUUUUAGAACAUGCAGGGUUCAUUUACAUUUUUUUUCUGAGAUAGUUUAUAGGAAAAAAUAACGUGUGGCCAAAAAAAUAACAGCCAUGCUUGUUUUCCUCAAAUUAAUCGAGUGUAUUUUUUUGUAGAAUCUUCAGAGCUUUCAAGUGGGGUGAAAACUGGUAAAGCAUUCUUGUUGUUAAUAGUGAAAGAUUAUAAUCAUGGUUUUCUUUUUUUUUGUGUCAUUUUGUCCAUACAACUAACCCUAGCCAGGGAAAAAAGUGAGAUCUGAUUGUGCUCGAUUUUUAUGUACAAAUUUGUGGAUUGAGGAGUGGGUACCUCCAUCUUGUUUUUGCCAUGAAUAACCGAUGGGAAGUUGUGGUUUAAAAGCUUGUACAGAGGGGGGAAUAUUCAAUAUAACUUAUCUGGUAAUUCGUUUGACCUUGCACAGAAUUUGUAUCCCAUAUCUUUUUCUAGACAAGUACAUAAUUAUGCAUUGCAGCCUGUUAUUUAGUUCCGAUAUAUGUAAUGAAUUGUGAAACACAAAAUUGCAGGAAGAAGAUAAAUUGAGUUCUGACUAAAUUUCAAAGGUUACCUGACAAUAAUACAGAGGCAGAUCCGCGAUGAUAAGAUCAUUGGAAAAAAUUAUCUGAAGCUUAUCACACUUUUUAAUUGCCAUAGGUAUUAUUGUUGGUGCAGUGUUUGGAUCAGUUGCUGCACUGGCUGUUGCUGGAAUAUUAGUUUGGUGGACUUGCAGGAAAAAGAGGCGCAACACGAAAAGCACUGAAGGUAAGUGUUGCAUACAUGUUAUGCUCUCAAAUGAACACUCGUUUUGGCAUCCUAGAAAUAUAUCUUUCACAUUUUUCCUUUCUUCUAGGACUAAGUACAAUCUUCAGUUCACUAUCCGCUGCAUAAUGAUCUUUGCUUAAGCGAUUUCUAUAUCUUUAACAGAUAACUUUAAAAACAGUGUAUUGUAAACUAGUGUUUUGUUUUGUUGUUAUCUAUUGUGUGGUUAGCUGGUUAUAGUUAAAAGACCUCGCAUGUCGUUGUACACUUAAGGACUCACCUUGAUGUACAUCAAACAGACUUUUCUUUGCUUGCAAGAGAGAAAGUUUGCUUGAUGUCGAUUAGUUAUUGUUGUUGUUGUUGUUUUUUGCGGUUUCCUUUUUAUUUUUCGCUCCUUUUUUCUUUACAGAGGUGGCAAUGAGCGAAAGGUGAGAUUUUUCUAUAGAAAUGUUGCUGUCUACUUGCAUCUUUCCUUUAUGGCUUGAUCGUUUUAACAAUUUUAACACCCACACUUUUUUUCCUGUGAAUGUUUGUGAUUGUUCCAAUUACCACUAACUUUAAGGCACUCUAGCGCUGCAGGGAUACCACUAUACAGUUUGGUUGUCACUUGUACAUUAACCAACAUCUCAGUGAUCUGUAGAAAAACUUAAGAAAAACAAGAACAGCAACAACUUAUAAGUGAAGUACGUUUAUUAUGUUAUUCUCGGUAUAUAUGAGAAGCUCAGGGCAAGUCUACAUACUCUGCUCGUUUGGUCUGACUGUAGGCGAGCCUAUAUCUGGUUUCCAGCAUCUUUUCUAAUUGGACUAAGCUGUCAGGAAAGUUUUUCUGUUAUUUGGAUUUUUCAUUUACAGAGAAUUAGGUGUGUUUUGUGACAUAUUUGAUUUGCUGUUUCAGAACAUUCGGAAAUAUAAGUAAUGAAACAAGAGGAAGUACAGAAGUACAUGUAGGUUACAAAAUUAAAUCUUAUGCCUUCAUAUAAAGAUACAUUUUCCUGUAGUCCUAGGUGUGUUUUGUUUUUACGUUGCUCUCUUCACUGAGAGUCUUCCCAAUGUGGUUAACAGUUUACCUGAACUCAGACAGUUAUUAUCAAUACAGGUUUUAAGUCGAUUAGUCAUUGGUAUUUUCCAAUAAGUCUAAGUAAACAGUGGUUUAUUUUUCAUAAGACAGCUGGUUUGAAGAUUUGAAAUAAUUUCCAAGCAAUUUUGGUAGUUUAUCAUCUUUCAUUGAAUUGAAAACAGCUUUUUCUUUGAGAUUGCAGUUGAAUUGCCCAAACCUUCUCAAAGCCAUUACAUGGCACUGGAUGACAGAACUCUUUCACCAGUGAUGACAGAUGCCAGUCCACUCAGCACCGAACAAAUCAGCGAGUACGCUUCUCUUAAUCUAUACACACGCUCCUGGGAGACUCCUAGGGAACAUGUGACGAUAAAGCACAUCGUUGGGAAAGGUGCUUUUGGCCAGGUUGCCAAGGCAACAGUCAUAAACCAACAAGAAAGAGCCAAGAAGACGCUCGUAGCAGUUAAAAUGUUGAAAGGUACCAAGAAAUAAAGUUAUGUUUUACUUGGUCUUUGAACUAACCGAGAAGUCUGUCCAAAUUGUUCGGUUUUCUUUCAUAUUGUUUUAUUUUAAUUUUAAUUAUAUGCUUCUGCAGAAUUUUCACGUUCCUGUUAAGAGUAAUCUUAUUCUACAUGACUAGGCCACAGUUAUGUCCAUAGCCCGAAGCUUGUUCUACUUGAUACAGCGAUGGAAUUUUAAGAUGUAGUGUAAAUAUUUCCCCUUUAAAUCAUGAUUACUUUUUAGAGCCUUGGCGCUUUACCUUGACGAAGAAAAGCACCUUUUAAUAUGAUGCAUGGUAGAGUCGAAUGAUAUCGAUUUAUCUACCUGUAUAUCUAUCUAUCCUUCUAUCUAUCUAUCUGUCUGUCUGUCUCCCUGUCUGUCCAUCUAUCUAUGUAUCUAUCUAUCUAUAUAUAUAUAUAUAUAUAUAUAUAUAUAUAUAUAUAUAUAUACAUUUAUGUAUCUAAUGAUCUAUCUGUUUACGUUUACCUAUAUAAUGUUACAAUUGAAUGAUAUGAUUGUGGUUCAUUUGUAAUGUUAUUCGACGAUGAUUGACCGAAAAUCUUGUUGCAGAAAAUGCUUCUGAGGCAGAGAGAAAGGAUUUGCUGUCUGAACUUGAAUUGAUGAAACAACUUAAACCUCAUCCUUACAUUAUCAAACUCCUGGGAUGCGUCACCAAGUCUGGUAAAUACUGAAAUGUUUAUUAUCAACUAUGGCUACCGUCAGACAAAAUUAAGUUUUAAAGUAUAGAAAGGUUCGUUUUCCUCGGUAUUUUUUGUGUUUUAGCUUAAGAUAACUUUCCUCUUAAUCUAUAGAGUAUACCGUAAUGAUUCGAUUUGACGCCCGGGGCGCUUAUUUACUUUUUGGUAGGCGAGGGGAUAGUGCUUAUUUGAAACAAGGCGGUAAUCAGGGCAGAGCGCGUACUGUUUUUUUUUUAAGAACCAGCAGAACGUGCGAAACAAAGCUUUGAUGUUCAUUUGAAAAGCGCGGCUCUCUCAGUCUAAGCUAAAGUAAUUGUCUUGAAAUCAAAACGUAGAAUGUCCCUCGUAGGAUACUUUAUUUAUUCGAUUGAUCCCUGCGGCGUUUACUACAUUUUUAUUGUUUUUGAGGAGGCCUUUGUUGACGAGUACAGUCCAUUUAAUUCGCCCGAUCAUUCCAUUAGCCAUUAUAUUGUUUUUGUUGACUUUUGGGAAAGGCGACUAACCGACGCUGAAAGCUUGGGCAUAUUUUAUUCUUGCGCGUACGCGCACGCACGAGUGAGGUCUGGAUAGAGUUUGUUUGACAGCAAAGAAGUAGACAGAGUUUUAUACUGUCUGCUAAAUAGCAGCGUAUGCAUUAUCAAUAAGUGAGAUCUAAGAUCAGCAAAAUUUACUGGUGGACUGCACCUGCGGCAUUUAAUUGAUAUUUGCGAAACUUUAUUGUCUACCUAGAGCCACUUUUUGUGCUGAUCGAAUAUGUUCCUUUUGGAGAUCUGCUGGGUUACCUGAGAAAGAGCCGUGGAUUGAAUGAUACUUACUUCAAAGACCCGGAUAUCAAACCACAGACAAAUCUGACCUCACAACAGCUGAUUAAGUUUGCUUGGCAAAUCGCUGAUGGAAUGUCCUAUUUGUCAUCGAUACCGGUGAGUGAUGAAAUUAUUCUCUGAAUGACGUCCCUAUAGAACAAGAACUCAUUUAUCAUUCAUUAUACUUCGCUUUCCAUUGCACCGUGGACAAACUACCUAGGACGUCAUCCCAUGCCAGCUGAGUCACCCUUAAGUCUCUCGUUUCUUUAAAGGGUGUUUUCCAAAAGAAACUUUUUCUCUUUGUGUAAGGUUAUUCAUAGAGAUCUUGCAGCUCGUAACGUGUUGGUUGGAGAGGGGGAAACAUGUAAAGUGACGGACUUUGGAAUGGCCAGAGAUGUGCAGGAGGACAAUGUUUACGAAAGAAAAACCAGGGUACGAAGACAUAAUGUUCUUGUAAGCCUUGUAUUAUAUGGCUGAAGAUGCCUCACUGGAGUGACUGCUUAAAGAAAACAAGCUCAGUAAAUCUUGUUCCGUUUUCCGGAACUUUCGUUACAGUGUUGUUACCAAUUGGGAGCAUUAGUACUUUUAAGGACAACGCCAACUCCUUGCAUUUUUGCUUCUUAUUCAGGGGCGUCUCCCUGUAAAAUGGACUGCCAUUGAGGCGUUGCUUUACGGAAAAUAUUCUACCAAGAGUGAUGUGUGAGUACAAGGAAGAUAUGAACACUGCACUAAGCUUAAUUAAAAAGGUCUUAUAUGAACUGUUUUCAGGUCUGCAAAAAGUUAUUCGGUUACUUUUGUAUUUUGGUCUUUUUAUUUUGCUGGUGUGAGGUCAUCUCAGGGAGGAGUGGUUAUCCUCAUUUUUUAUGGGUAGUGACCAGGGAUCAACUCCUAUGACACUGCGUAUGUGUCCCUCCCCACCCCAUCUCCCCUUCCUUUUAUCACCAAAGAUGUUUUAACUACAUUUUAUGUAGGGAAGAAAUGUUAUAUCCUUAAAUGUAUCCCGAUUGUUUUACAGGUGGAGCUACGGAGUUCUCCUUUACGAGAUUUUCACGAUUGGUAAGUUACUAGGCAAAUUACCAGUCCAGUAAUUUUAGCUUCAGCAAUUGGGGGAACACGAAUUCGUGAAGCAAGCAGGGUUUACCGGUCUCUUUAGAAUUAGUUUUCGGUCAUACCAAGCCAGUUUAGAUUGCCAAAGUCGCUGGCCUAGCCGGAAAAAAUUGUUAAUGGAAAUACAUUUGUAGAGCUUUUCAUUUUAGACUAUAUUAACAUUACCUGCUCCAUUCAGGUGGUUCACCGUAUCCAAGGAUGGAUGGAAGAAAAAUUGUAAACUUACUUCAAGAGGGAUACAGAAUGCCUAAACCACAACAUGUGGAUGAUAAGUUGUAUGAUAAUAUCGUGUUGUUACUGUUUCAUGAUGGCUUUCUCGUACGUUAGUAUUUGUACCGCUUUUUGUUCGAGUUGUUUGUGAGCCUUAAGAUAAAACCAUCUGUACUUGCUGAACCUGCAUAAUGAAGGUAAAUGAAACAAUAUGUACACCAUCACGAGUUGAUAUCUGUUGUAUAAAUCGUUUGUCCUUUAUUAUAACAAGAUGGAAUUUUUAGACCAAAAAGGUUUUUCACUUGGGAUAGGUCGAACCGUUUCUAAUUAAACUACUUUUGGACGUCCUUUUAGGUAUGAGAUAAUGACAAAAUGUUGGAAAGACGACCCUAAUUUGAGACCAUCUUUUGAGAAGUUGAGAAACAAACUCAAAGAAAUGGAAAACCGGCACAAGGUAGAAUUGAAAAUUUUACAAAGAGACUCUUUGUGUUCUUUUUUUCCUUUUCAAAGUUUGAUUGCUAGAUCAACUAAACUUGAUAACGGCGUCACCAUGAAGGUUUCGAAACGUAGUUUAUGGUUUCAAUUUAUGUCGCUUUACAGCAGUUUUUAAUUCAGUUCCGAAAGUGGAAAUCGAACAUAAAAACUAAAACGAAUCCCAGCCUGAUCACAAACGUUUUUCCUUGCUUCAAGGAGGUGGCUUGAUUCUACUUUGAGGUCUAUUGGUUACUUUUGUUGUUAACCUUUGUUCCGAUUGAUAGUUGUGAAUCUAUCUAAAAUUAAUUGUGACAGCAAUAUACUCUCUUUCUAAGUAAAAACUAAAAAGGUAAAAAAAAGGAGAAAUCCUCGACAGCCUAACAGAGUACAGUAUAAUUUAUACCCCUUUUUCAUAUUCUUUCAUAUGUCUUGUUAUUUUUUACAGGGGCUGCUAAACUUAAAAAAUUACGAUGAUCGACUUUACGUUAAUGUUGACGAUCUUGCCGUCUGA